UGAAAACCCCUGGACGAUCCCAAAUAUACUGUCAAUGGCAAGAAUGGGUUUGGCGCCAGUUUUAGGCUAUUUGAUUGUUGAAGAAAAUUUCAGUGUUGCACUAGGUGUCUUUGUUUUGGCUGGCGUAACGGAUUUGUUGGAUGGAUUUAUUGCACGAAACUGGGCUAAUCAGAAAUCAGCUUUGGGAAGUGCUCUUGAUCCUCUGGCCGAUAAAAUUCUCAUCAGUGUGCUCUAUGUAAGCCUAACUUGCACAAAUCUAAUCCCAGUUUCACUUACUUCCAUGAUCAUUCUGAGGGAUGUAGCGCUCAUUGCUGCUGUUUUUUAUGUGCGAUACAAAACUCUUUCUCCACCGAGAACACUCAGUAGGUAUUUUAACCCUUGUUAUGCUACUGCCCAAUUAAAACCAACAUUCAUUAGCAAGAUGAAUACAGCGGUUCAGCUAAUUUUGGUGGCAGCUUCUUUAGCAGCUCCUGUUUUCAAUUAUGUGGACAGCAUAUAUCUGCAGACAUUAUGGUGCAUCACAGCUUUCACAACGGUAACAUCUGCAUACAGCUAUUACCACUAUGGCCGGAAAACGGUUCAGGUGAUAAAUAACAAAUGAAUUAUUCCUGAAAGGGCGGGGUCUUGGCAGCAUGGUGUGCUGUACUGCCGAAGAUGGUCAUAAUGCAGCUGAGUUUUGGAUCAAGAACUCUGUUUUUCUGCUUAAACCAUGGCAUCACAAUGAAGUGAAGUUUGAACAUGUACUGUGUGUAUAUAUAUAUAUAGAGACUUUUCAAUGUAUUUUUAAUUUGUUUAAAAAUGAGAUUGUUUACAAAAACUAAUAAAUAAUAUUCUUAAAGACAUAG